GCCAAGUGUCUCAAGGCAGCACCAGCGCCGCGCAGCUGUCAGUAAUCGCCGAGCUCGCCACUGGCGCGAGGUUACUGCCUGCGUUAUUGCGACCAGAUUUGAUCGGCGGCCAUGUUGUCAGCUAGUCCACAACGCGUCCGCCAGAUGGCGGCAGUGCUGAGCAGAGGCCGCGCAACGGUGGCGGCUGCAGCAACUACAGGUACUCCGCAGGGUGCGACGGAAGAGUGGCUGCGAGCGAGGCCCUUCGAGGAGAUACCAGGGCCCAAAGCGCUGCCCAUCAUCGGCAAUGCGUGGCGGUUUCUGCUGCCCACAGGUGAUUUCAAGGGGAUGGACAUGAUGGACUUGGUGUACCACAUACGUGAGAAAUACGGCGACAUCGCCAAGCUUGACGGCAUGCCAGGACGUCCCCCUCUGGUCUUCCUGUACAACGCCAACGACAUCGAGAAGGUGUACCGGAAUGAGGGCCCACGGCCGGUGCGCGACUCCAUCAAGUCCCUCAAGUUCUAUCGGGAGGUCACACGCAAGGACUUGUUCGGGGACAUACAGGGAGUUGCCUUCACUCAGGGGGAGCAGUGGUACGAGUUCAGGAGGAGAGUCAACCAGCCCAUGAUGCAACCGCGUUCCAGCAAGCUGUACGUUCCCUCCAUCGACAAGGUCGCCCAGGACUUCACCGACAGAAUGCUCGCUAUCAGAGAUGAGAAUAUGAAGAUGCCUCCCGACUUCCUGAAUGAGUUGAACAAGUGGGCACUAGAAUCCAUUUCCCUGGUGGCCCUGGACACGCGCCUCGGCUGUCUGGAGGGUAACCUGCCCCCAGACUCGGAACCGCAGCGGAUGAUCGAGGCGGCACACACCGUGUUCGACUGCAUGCUCAAGCUGGACGUGCAGCCCUCGCCCUGGCGGUAUAUCAGCACGCCCAACUGGAGGCGUAUGGUCAAGGCGCAGGACUACUUCUACCAGGUGGCACUGCGGCGCAUCAACGAGGCGAUGGACCGCAUGAAGAAGCGCGGUCCAGCAGACGUGUCGGCUGGAGAACUCAGCGUGCUGGAGAGGCUGCUGAUCUCCAACGACGACCCUCGCGUCGCCAUCGUGAUGGCGCUGGAUAUGAUGUUCGCCGGCAUCGACACGACGGCGAACUCUGCUGCUACGGCGCUGUACUUCCUGAGCAAAAACCAGAGGGUCCAGGAGAAGCUGUACCAGGAGCUGAGGGCGCAGCUGCCGGACUCCGCCUCUCAGCCGCUCACUGCCGACAAGAUGGAGGCCUGCAAGUAUCUCAAAGCUUGCGUCAAGGAGUCGAUGAGACUGCGGCCGGUGGCUCUGGGCGGCAGUCGUCAGGUGGUCGCAGACAACCUGGUGCUCAGCAACUACCGCGUCCCGAAGGGGGUAGACUUGUCGAUGGCGAACGUGGUGCUGGCUAACUCGGAGGAGCACUUCUCGCGGCCCUCUGAUUUCCUUCCGGAGAGGUGGCUGAAGGGCGGAGAGUCUUCCCAGACGGCCCACCCCUUCGCCUUCAUGCCCUUCGGCUUCGGGCCGAGGACUUGCAUCGGCCGCAGGUUCGCCGAAACCGAGAUCUACACUCUGCUGGCCAGGGUGGUGCGCCGCUUCCGGCUGGAGUUUGACGGCGAGAUGCGCUGGAGGACUACGGUCCUCCACGGUCCCGUGGCACCACUCACCCUCAAGGUCACCGAGAGGGAGCGCGAAGUGUGACGCCACGCCUCUGACUACUGCUGCUUCGUCACAACGGAGCGCAGCUACCGUGCGGCCAAGCCAGUGCUUCCACAUUUGAGCGUGGAGUGGCAUUAACGCUGUGCAGCCGUGUUCACUGUAAUCGUGCCGCACUGUAUUUACCAAUUGUUUUGCAAUUUUCUAUGUACCACGAAGUCAGGAAAUAUAACUAACCUGCUUUUCACUUUUAAUAAACGUUGCCACUUUGGUGAUUUUGUAUAAAAA